CAACACACCGGGGCAGCAGAGAGUCACGUAAACGCGCGGUGACGUCAAUACGAAGAAAUAUGCUGUUUACUUCCUUGGGCUGACUUUUACAAGCAGUCUUCUGAUUUAAGGUGCCAUGGAGUCUGGUGAGGAUGGAGGCUACAGUGUUGGAGGUCCAUCGGGGGAUGAAAACUACUUCCAGGGCUACACCUUUACCGAUCGCUCCCAUUCCAGCCGUGUCGUGAAGAGCAUCAUGGACUUGUGUCUGGAGGAUGGUCUGUUUGCAGAUGUUAUCGUCACUGUGGACAGCAAAGAGUUCCAGCUUCACCGCCUGGUGCUCUCGGCACAAAGCAGCUUCUUCAGGUCCAUGUUCACCUCUAACCUUAGAGAAGCUUAUGAUCGUAACAUUGAGCUGAAGGACGUCAGUGCACCUGUCUUCCAGUCGCUGGUGGACUACAUCUACCAUGGAACAAUAAAACUAAGGGUUGAAGACCUGCAGGACACCUACGAAAUGGCUGAUAUGUAUCAGCUUACUGCCCUCUUUGAGGAGUGCUCUCGCUUCCUAUCACGAACUGUGGUUGUUAAGAAUUGCCUGCAGAUUAUGUGGUUGGCGGACAGACACAGUGACCAGGAGUUGUAUACGGCUGCCAAGCACUGUGCAAAGAUUCACCUGGUUCAGCUGCACCAGACAGAGGAGUUCCUGAACAUGCCUUUGUGCCUUCUCAUAGACAUCAUUAAAGAUGGGGUGCCAAGCUCACAAAAUCCAACUGCAGCUAUUGAUACUUGGAUAAAUCACAACAAAGUCGAACGAGAGGAGUAUUCUGAUAUGCUUCUAGACAGCCUAAAGGAGAUUGGUGAAAAAGUGCACAUAUACCUAAUUGGGAAAGAAGACACACGCACACACUCAUUGGCAGUGUCACUUCAUUGUGACGAGGAUGAUGCCAUCAGUGUGAGCGGCCAGAACAGCCUGUGUCACCAGAUCACGGCUGCCUGCAAGCAUGGGGCCGAUCUAUAUGUUGUCGGGGGCUCCAUACCACGUCGCAUGUGGAAAUGCAACAUGCACACUAUGGACUGGGAGCGCUGCGCCCCGCUGCCCCGGGACCGUCUCCACCACACGUUAGUGUCUGUGUCUACAGAGGAUGCCAUAUACUCGUUGGGAGGCAAGACCCUUCAGGACACUCUCUCCAACGCUGUCAUUUGCUAUACAGUACAGGACAACAUAUGGAAAGAGACCACUCAACUAGACACAGCCGUGUCGGGUGCAGCCGGAGUCAAUUUGGGAGGCACCAUUUACCUUUUGGGUGGGGAGGAAAAUGACAUGGACUUCUUUACCAAACCGUCUCGCCUUAUCCAGUGCUUCGACACAGCCACACAGAGGUGUGAAACCAAGCCCUACAUGCUGCCUUUUGCCGGAUGCAUGCAUGCCACCGCCCAUAAGGACCUUAUAUUUGUGGUGGCAGAGGGCGACUCUCUGGUGUGCUAUAACCCACUGCUGGACAGCUUCACUCGGCUGCGCUUCCCUGAAGUGUGGAGCUGCGUGCCAUCUUUAUGGAAAGUGGCCAGCUGCAAUGGCUGCAUUUAUGUUUUUAGGGAUAAAUGCAAGAAAGGUGACGCAAACACGUUGAAAUUGAACCCUGCCACGUCGGUGGUCUCAGUGAUUAAGGGAAUCAAAAUCCUCCUAACAAACUGGCAGUUUGUUUUGGCCUGAGAUGUUCUACAUAAUGCAUAGGACCAUGAUAAAAAUGUACUAUGGUGAUUUAAUAGACCGCAGUCGUGUAGAAGUUGUUACUGUGAUACAGUGGUACAAGCUUUAUAAUGUCAUGUGAAGUGUUACACUGUAGGACACCGUAAAGUGUUAAUGAAGGCCAAAUGUUAUGUGUAAUGUUUGUCAGUAUCUGCAGUGUCAUUGGCAGUUGACCAUCGUAGUUUGUCAAGCUUUAGUUUAGUAUUUCAUUUGGAUUUCAAAAGGAAUUUAUAUUUUAAUUUCUUUUUAAACCAUUAACAUUCCACAACAUGUUUCUAACACCACAAGAACUAAUUUGUACACAUCAUUUACUGAUUAGGAGAAUACAUAUGCAGUGUAUACAGCUGUGAAUAUUGGAUAUCAUAACUACCUUAAAUAAGUGAUAGUGUGCAAUAUAUGGUCUCUUUCAAAUGUCUGCCAAGAUACGCUGAAUGUAAGGAAAUGUUCUCAGAUUAACCAUGCAAAACAUCCUCAAGGAUGUUGACAAAAGUGUUUAGUACCACUGUCAAGGGGCGUUUAAAUAAUGUUCAUAAUGAAAGUUUGCCACUUAUCUCUUUCUUACUAUAAUUUCUCAAUUGUCACCUCAGAUUCCCCUUUCUCAGUGGUUUAUGACUGGACAGGAACUUUAUAUUCAGUUUCAGACUUAAGCUGGUUUGCAAAAUGUAUGCUACAACUGUUUAUAUUUUACUUUAUGCAGUAUAUGAAAAUGCAGUCCAUUUUACAUCUGCCAGAGACAUAGCAUAUUCUUGUUGACCUUUUGGAGCUGGUUCAAAAUAUUGUUACUAAAAAUGACUGAAUUAACUUUUGAAAACCUGUGUUCGACUUUGUACUUUUGGUCAACUUUCCUCUUGAAUUAAAAAGCAAAAAU